AUGGACUUUCAUGCAUUGCAGUCGACAUUGAGUGAAGGGAGGACCACUUCUGCGUUGUCUAAAGCGCCAACGUUUGACCAGCACUAUGAACUCUUAGAGGAGAUUGGAAAAGGGGGAUACGGCACUGUGUGGAAAUGCUGUCGUCGGCAUGAUGCAUUGAAAAGGCCUUAUGGUGUUAAGAUAAUCAAUAAGCCUCAGGCCGGUGCCAGGGGACUAAAAGAAGUGAUGGGAGAAGUAGAGACGAUGAGUCUACUGAGUCAUCCAAAUAUUGUGCGAUUAGAAGAAACGUUUCAAGACGAUGAACAUCUUUGGAUUGUGAUGGAGUAUAUGCCGGGAGGAGAACUUCAACGUGCAUUGCGGCGUGAUGGUUUCUUUAGUGAAACACAAGCCCGUCGUAUCGCAACACAACUCUUGUUAGCAUUAGAGUUUAUUCAUCAGAAAGGAAUCGUUCACCGUGAUUUGAAACCUGAGAAUUGUCUUCUUAGUGAGGGGGACUUGGUUUGCAAAAUAUCUGAUUUUGGUUUUGCUGUUCUUGUGGGAUCUGAUCAGUGUCUUAUGUCUUUCUGUGGUACAACCGUUUUUAUGGCACCAGAAAUAUUCAGUGAUACAAACUACGGUAAACCAGUAGAUAUGUGGGCACUUGGAGUAAUUGUUUAUCUUAUGAUAACUGGGGAGUACCCUUUUACUGGGCGAACGUCAAAAGAAGUUACUGAGGCUAUUCGUGAAGCACGGUAUGACCUUAAGUCUGAAAAACUUAUAGAAGCCUCAUCUGCUUUGCGCGAUUUUAUACCAAAGCUUCUUGAAAUUGACCCUAAUCGUCGUUAUAGUGCACGAGAAGCGUUAAAACACCCUUGGAUAAAAGCGGGGUUGAAUAUGAAUAAUUUAGAUGUAGAACAGCAGGAGCAAAAAAAGCGUGGAAUGCGACCGCGUGGUAUAUUUCGGAGUGCCGUUAUUUUUGUAAUGGCGGCACACCGUUUACGUUAUCUUCACCGUUGCCGUGUACUGGAAAAAAAUGGCUGUGGUGGAUGUACUGUGCUUCGUAACUUUCGCUAUGCUGUGUCUGGUGUGUUUGAGCCUCCUCGACCGGUACUUGACUGUAGCGGUAUGUUUGCGCGUAGUCCGCGUGGGGUGAGUUUUCUCCUCCCGAUGGUGGAGGUGAGCCGGACGAUCGAAUCACUCGAUCUCAGCGGGAACAACAUCGACAGCCUCACGGUGUUCCAGCAGCUCAUGAAGGCCGUGGCGCAGCACCCGUCGCUUCUCUCGCUGAAUUUAUCGGGCAAUCCCAUUCCCGCACUCGCCGGCCGCGGGCUGCUGCGACUCGCGCGGAAUCCGCAGUCGAAGUUGCAGCAAUUGGGACUGGACGGCACACUCAUCUCCGCAGAGACAACAGCGCAAAUAGCCGCCGCGCUGAAGGAGAAGGUAGCCAACGCCACUCCAGCGGUCUUUACACCGCAGUUAGGUACAGCCUCACCACCAUCAAUAGCAUCACCACCACCACCGACAACAGCAACUUCAAUAACAACAGCCACUGCGUUGACAACACCUACAACCACAAACACAACGAUGACUGGCACAAAUACACGUCAUUUGGAAGCCGCAUCGCCGACGCAACUGAAAUCCAUUCGUGCUCAUGCUACUUCUCAGCGUUUUGGCGUUGUACAGUCGUCAUUAACUCGACUACGGGGAACACAAGGAACAGCGAGGCGGCUUCCCCCAAUCAAUUCAGCAAAACAGCGCUCCGAGAAAUAA